AUGGUUGACUACCUGGCGAAUUGUUCAAGCAUGUGCGUCGCCGUGCAGGAGCAUCAUGCGCUGCCAGGGGCCCUGGCCAAGGCCCAGCGGGACGCGCUCGCCGAGGGCUACCACGGUGUCUGGGAGGCUGCGCUACCUGGACAGGGCACUGGCAGUCAGGGCGGGCCAACGUUGGAGCCAGGGCGCAUGGUGGCGGCGCACGUCAACUGCGGUGGCAAGCGAGGUUUCGUCAUGAUUUCUCUGUAUAUGCGGGUUGACGAGCAGCUGUCGCCAGAGAACCUGGCCAUCCUGUUCAAGUUGUAUCAGUAUCUGAAGGUGCUCGACACUUUGCAGAUGCCGUGGAUCGUGGGAGGAGAUUUCAAUAUGGAGCUCAAGCAGUUGGGCUCGCUGUCGUGGCUGCACCCGGUCAAUGGCGUUGCGGUUGUGCCAUCGGUGCCGACUUGCAUGCAGGCCCUCCCUGGGCGCACGAUCGACUUCUUCUUCGUGGCCUGCCAGGUCAUGCCGAGGAUAAGCCAUGCAGCAGUCGGUGAGGCAGAUACUUGGCCGCACCUGCCCGUCACGCUCAGGUUGGCAGCCCAGCCGCAGGUGAUGUGGACUCGGCAGCUGGUGCAGGCCAAGGGUUUCACCAAGGCGCCGAAGGUCGGCUGCGCCAGGCCGCCGCCAGACUGGGACCCGCUGCUGAAUCAGAUCAGGCAGGUGACCUCCUCGGAGCAGAUGGCCGACGUGUGGGGCCAGCUGCUGCUGGGCAUCGAGUUCGAGCUGCAGGGCCGCUACGAUGUCGUCGGACCGCAGGUGUCAAAGUUCACGUCCACGCCUGCGCCACCUACGUUCGAGUGGGCCAGGUUCGACCCUGACGAGAGGGUCUACUGCAGCAAGCUGUGCGACAAGACCGCGAGGCACAUUUUGGAGUUCCAGUAUUUUUUGAAAAGGAUUGCUGCUCGCUCCGAUGUUUGGCCACAUCUUGAUAAGGCGGCUGUCGAUCUUUUUGUGCUUGGGCUCCUGGCUUUCGUGCGGGAGGAUUUCGACCAGCAAAUCGAGCGCAUCAUUGUCAAGGCAGAGGGCAAGCAGCGGGCGCAUGAGAGUAAGGUAGCCGCCAGUUGGCAGGCGUGGGCCGAGGCGUCGUUCGAAGGCGGCGCUAGUCGUGCUCACAAGUUUUCCAAGCCACUGGCGCUCCAGGAGGUGAUCGACUACGGCGCAGGUGUCCAGCACGCGUACCAGCUGGCCGAUCGUAAGGUGCAGCACUGGAACCAGUACUGGCAGAGGCACGUUGACGGGGUGAUUGAUUUGCCCAGCGACCACCAGGUGUGGGGCCAGCUGCCACCUCUCAGCGGCAGGGACGUACGCCGUGCGGUUCGCGCCUUCAGCUGGACAACGGGCACGGGGCAGUGGGAAGCGAACAACGCCAGCGAGGAGUUCUGGGGGCACACGGGAGGCAGAUCCUCCUCCGACGUUGCCUUCGAUCUGGCCCUCGAGAAGGAGACGGCCCACCUCACGGGCGACCACGCCCUGAUCGUGCUGCUCGACAUGCUCAAGUGCUACGAGUUGGUGCGUCACCAGGCGCUGCUGGACGAGUGCAGGGCCAAUCUGUUUCCCAUGAGGCUUGCGUACAUGCUCGUGCUGCUCUACCAGCAGGAGCGCACGAUUUUUGCGUACAAUUCCUUCUCGGAGGCGAAGCGUGCGUACCAGGGCAUCCUGGCGGGGUGCACUCAUGCCACUACGCUGCUGAUGGUGCUACUGACGCGUACUUUACGCAUGACUGCUCGAAUCGCUCCUGAGGUUCGCCCACGUGACCUGGUGGACGACGUGGCUUUGUCGUGGACUGGUGCCGAUGCCCGUGGUGCCCGCACGCUUGCGACUGCCACGAAAGUGUUCUGCGAGGCGGUCAAACCCCUCGGCCUGGUCCUGCAGUUGGACAAAUCGGGGCACUUGGCCGUCACACAGCAGUCCAAGUAUCACUUCAGGCAGUAUGCCAAGUUGCUCCAGAUUGGUGGCAAACGUCACAUGCGCUACCUGGGCCACGACCUCGCGGCCUGCGCUGCUGUGCGCAGUGUCCAGAAGGAUCGCCUCAAGAAGAUGGAUGCUCGUCGCCCUCGGCUGAAGGCGUUGCAGAAGGGGGCUGGACGCUGGCGCUCGGCGCGCCUCUGGACCACCGGCGUGCUGCCGUCGGUCGGCCACGGCGCGGCUGUCAGCGGCAUCAACGACGGCGAGCUGAAGCAGAUGCGCAGCUUGGCAGGCAGUUUUUGUGGCUUCAGUGGCAGCGGCUCCCUCGCACUGUACCUGGCAGUUCAGAAGCAGCGCAGUUUCGACCCGAUCUACCACGCCACCUGCAGCCUGCUGCAGCAGUACACGGUGUGGGUGUGGGCCGCGCGCGGCUCUCUCGCCAAGCUGCAGAGGGCCUGGAUGGCGUUGAGAGACCAGUUCGAGGAUGCUCGCGGUGCUGUCACUUGGGCCAGUGCUAGGGGUCCCAUCUCUGCGCUCUGGCUCACUCUGCGCAGAGUUGGGUGGGACAUGGCCAGUGCCACGGUCCUCGUGGACGACGCGGGUGUCGGCAUCGACCUGCUGAGGGUCUGUCCCAGCGAGGUCCAGCACUACAUGUACCUGAGCCUGGAGCGCUGGCAGAGCCAUCGUAUUUUGGACCAUCUGCCUGGAGCCCCUGCUCGGCGGCCAGACGGAAGCCGAAGGCAUAUCUGGAUGCGAGCCCUUCGCCAGGGUCACCUGCAGAGGCUGUCCAGCGGGCUGCGCGGUGCUUUGGCAAAGCUUCAGUCUGACGGCAUGUGGACGCCCGCCCGUCGGCGCGAGGCAGGUUACACGGACAAUGCAGUUUGCGAGUUCUGUGGUCACGCGCCUGCCGACCUCGAGCACGAGAUGUUCUACUGCACCGUGCACGAGGCGCAGGAGGGGGAGGAGCAGGGCCCGCGCCCCGAGGACGUGCUGCAGGUCAGGAAGGACAUUUGGGAGCAGGGCCAGACGGGCGCUGGUGCGGAGUGGGACUUCACCGCUGUCGACCUGCUCUACGCGUUGCCGAUGCGCCCU